AUGGUUAAUCAGACGAAGGUCAGUGUCAGAGGGAAGAGCCGUGCUACGUUUUUCCAGCAGGGUAUCAGCACUCACAACGAAACCCAGGAGCCCUGGCGAAAAGGGGAAGAGGUACCGUGGUGGGACGGCGGAGGGGAGUGCGGACCCACAGCAGGACUCCCUUCGGUAGAGAAUGUCACAGGGACCUGCGGACGACGGGCGGCGCGGUCUGGCUACGGCCAGAGGGUUAUAUCCUUGAGUCUGUAUGGCAACAACCUUGAGUACUGGGCUGGGCUGAAGUUCAUCCUUGAAGACUCCACGAAACUGUACCCCGGGUGGACGGUGCGCCUCCACACAGACCCGCGGGGGCACGAAGCCCGCCUGUGCCCGCUCCUUCGCCAGCACCCCCACUUCAGCGUGUGCGAUGUGCAUCGGCUUCCCGCUCUCGGCGACGUGCGAGACGUGAACCCGAUGCUGUGGCGGGCGGCGCCCUUGGGAGACCCGCAGGUCGCCGCGCUGACCAUCCGCGACGUGGAUUCGGCGCUGCUGCCCCGCGACGCCAAGGCUGUGCAAGAGUGGCUGGCGCUCAACAAGACAUGGCACGUCAUGAGGGACUUCGAGGGCCACGGGUUCCGCAUCCUCGGCGGCCUCUGGGGCGCUCGGUCGUGGUCUCGGCGACACGCCAAUGAACUGGCGGGGCUCAGGGACGACCUACUCGCGCGCGGAAGAGGUCGUUCGAGGGCUUGGGGCGAAGACCAGGUUAUCCUUGCAGAAAUCCUAUGGCCGGCGAUGCAGGGAGAUCAAGUGGCCCACGACAGCUACUUCUGCCAAAUGUUCCCCGAAACACGACCCUUUCCGACGGAGAGACGCAAAGGGGAGUUCGUGGGGGCUAUAAGGGCCUUAGAGACCCAGCGAUAUCUGUCACCAAGUGUGCGCAAUUUUGAAUCGUUCUUAAAAUGA